GGCGUAACAAAUUUCUUAUUCCAUAACUUGCACUGCAAUCGUACUGUGCGACCAGUGUUUAAAAAUGGCGAGGCACUCAGUAUUGUUUUGUAUUAUUGACGCGGCGAGAAUGAGGAGUAUUAUUGCAAUUGCGCGUGUCCACUGAUUUAAGCAUCGUUAUCGCUGCGUCGCCUGUGUAUUAAAGCGAAACAUGGUUUCCCCCGUUAUCGUUUGCGUUACGUCGUUGGCUGUUAUCAGCUUGGGAGUUGUUAUGGACUGGAGCUGCGUUCACUGUUGUUACCUUUACGUUAUUUUAACUUGCUCCUGCCUACUAGUCGGCCCGCUGAUCAUGAUCCUGAUCAACAUAGCUCUCUCGCCCAAGCACCAGACUGGCUCUGGCACCGUUAGAACCAUCGCGGAGAUGGAUGCCUUCCGUAACAUGUUGAUGAAAGGAUACGAGCCGAAGUCGGCCAACAUUAGGAAGCACAUGCGUUAUCCCAUGGUCUUCACUCGUCUAGUGGAUGGUGCUUUGCAGAACCUCCUAGAUUUGACCUUUCAGGACUUUGUCGGUUCUUGGCUGCAUGAUCUGUCCUUUGGAUCGGAACAGCUCAUAGACAAUAUGAAGCAGGAUGUGUGGGGUGCCAUACAGAGCCUCCACGAUCGCCUGUCGCGCGUCGAUCACACGAAAUUGGUGGUCUGCAACAUAGUAAACAAGCUCACCUUCCACUUUGAAAAGAUCAGGAUAGCGCAGGCUGCUUCGUCGGAAGGAGAGGAUCCCGUAUUUAUCCUGUCGGCGCAUCUGAUGUCACCCGUGGCCGAAUUGGAGUACCUGAGGAAGAUCAGCGAGCUUUAUAUUCUAUUUUUGUUACCACGUAGUUACUCCCUCUCCCCGGUGAAGUUUCUCCUAAGAGAAGUCCUCACGUGCAAAAUUCUAAAGCCAGCGAUAGACCUAAUCACGGAUCCCGAUUAUAUCAACCAGAAGAUUCUGACUUACAUCGACCAGCAGCAGCUCGCCGAGGCGAUGCACAGGAAGACGUACGAGUACGCGGAAUCCUUCGAGGACUUCAUCCGCAUGGUCAAAGGCACGAGGGAUUUGGAGGUUCUCAAACAUAUCAGAUACAAUAUCGUCACCGAGAUCAUGCAAGCGACCACGAUCCAGAACGUCAAGCGUGCUCAAGGCUUGGAUCCCGAGAGCAACACGCUCGGCAACUCCGACGCCGUUCGGGCGAGGAAGCUCAAGCGGUACAUCAGCCAGCUGACGUACGCGAAGAACACGUGCGAGUGCCACAUGCAGACGCUGGGAUGGGACGGAUAUCUGCCUCAGGAAACGGAGGUAUGCGACGCCGCCGAGGUCACGGAAGGCAGGAUACUCCCGCUGCAGGCGAUCUUGGACAACGUGAUCGGUCGACGUUACCUAUCCCAGUUCCUGGAGCAGGUCGCCAGCCAGGGAUUGAUUGGCUACUGGGCGGCGGUGCAGGAAUUGCGCGCCGCGGAUCGCUCCAACUGGCAUCAGCUGGGAGCCGAGAUCUUUUACACUUAUAUCAGAUCACCCACUGCCGAGAUCAAGGUGGACAAGAACGUCCGAAAGCGAAUGGAGGCUUUCCUGUUGGGCGAUACGGGACCCAAUGUGUUCUAUGAGGUGCAGGACAGCGUUGUCAAGACGCUUCAAGAAAAGUACUAUCCGUCGUUCCUCGUCAGUGAGCAGUAUAAGACUAUGCAGGAGGCGCUGCUCAACGAGAGGGCAGAGGGUCUGGUUGAAGAUCGUGAAAUCGUCGAUGGUACGCUGUCCGAGUCCUCGACCUUGCUGGUUGGCGAACGCUCGAAUUAUGCUCGUAGCAAGCUGGACCAGCUACAGGAGAAACUGAACAACAAGAUGCAAGCUCUGCAAGCGCUCAAAUCGUCCCUGAAGCCCGAGAGCAAAGUACUGAGCAUACUGGCGAAGGAGGUUGAGUGGCUGCAGGGCGAGAAGCGGCAGUUGGAGGCGCACUUAAACCACACGGAAAUGUGGGCGGAACAUUUGGGCCACUGGAGAGCCGACGUGCAAAGCGCGGAGAUGCCGGAUAACGGGGACCCACCGCAGUUCGUACUGGUUGUCCACAUGGCGGAGAACGAGGACAACGACGAGAGCAUAUCCAGCGGAUGGGUGGUGUUGAGAAAGCUGCAGGACUUCCAAGACCUCCACAGAAAGUUACGCCAAUUGUGCUCAAACGUUAAGAACUUGGAUUUGCCCUCGCAGCCUCUAAAGUUCUUUGGGAAGUCCGACAAAAAUACUCUCGACAAGGCUAAGAUGCAGAUUCAAAAAUACUUGAAUUUUGUCUUGGAAGACGAGAGGCUCAAUCAAAGCGAGGCGCUCUACGCCUUUCUCAGCCCAAGCUCGGAGCAUCUCAAGGCCGUGAUACCGUCCCCCAAGAAGUCUCGCUUUUCCCUGUCCACGUUAUUCAAAACAUCUGUCGGCAACAACGAUCCGCGCGACAAAGAGGAGGAGGAGGAUUACUCGCUGUUGCUGGACGACAGCGAGACAGGCCGUACCGGUACGGACAAUUAUCUGAGUGCCAGCAAGGACGCGAUCGCGGAACCGCUGUACACGCUCCUGGGCGAAGUCUUCGAUCUGCGAGGAGUGUUCCGCUGGCUCAGACGAUCUCUCAUCACCUUCGUGCAGAUCACUUACGGGCGCACGAUAAACAGACAAAUCAGAGAUACCGUCGCAUGGGUGUUCUCGGAGCCGAUGCUUCACUAUUACAUACAAUUGUUCACGAAGUCGUGGUGGCCGAACGGCCAGCUCGUGUCCGAGACCGUUCUGCGUACCGACGAGGAGAAGCUGAAGACGCGGGGCGAGGCACGCCGGCAGUUUCUCAACAACGUACCUGAAGUACUGACGAAUCUGGUGGGGGCGCAGAGCGCUCAACGCGGCGCGAUCAAGGUCUUCGAUUCUCUGCAGAACGUGAAUCUGAACAAGCAGUUGUUCUACGAUAUAUUCGAAGUAUUGAUGUACGAGAUAUUUCCGGAACUGCAGCGCAAACAGAGUUCCCUGACGAAAUAAAUCAUCAAUGUGACGUA